AUGGCCAGCCCUCACUACGCCUUCAACACCGUCCAUAAGCCUAUACUGGGCGGCCUUGAGCUCCAUGGGAAGGGAGGAAGCAUGGCUGUCGAUACCCCAGCUCCCUCAAGCCUCUAUCUCUGGUAUCUCAUAAUUGUUGCCACAGUUGGGCCCCUACAAUUCGGGUAUCAUUUAUCUGAAUUGAAUGCCCCAGCCGACGUCAUACGAUGCGAACAGAAGAGCUCCCCUGCCUUUGCCGCUGCCCAGCUUCCGCAAUGUAUCCCUAUGGAUGGGAACGAGUUUGCUCUUGUCCAGUCAAUAUAUACUCUGGGAGGACUUGUCGGCGCAUUGAUUGCUGGUCCAAUAGCUACCAAGUAUGGCCGUCUGCUCACGAUGCGCCUCGCUACAAUUGUCUUCAUCCUAGGUCCAGCUGCUGAGGCCUUGGCUUCAAACAUCCCUGUCAUGAGUGCUGGCCGAUUUCUUUCCGGCAUUGGCGCUGGUGCAGCGACGGUUGUCUGUCCAAUAUACAUCGCAGAGAUAUCACCACUCGAGAAGAGAGGCUUAUACGGUGCUUUCACCCAAAUCAUGGUGAAUGUAGGUAUAUUGGCAACGUUGCUGCUCGGUUACUUCCUGAGCCACGGUAACUACUGGAGGUUCAUUCUCGCCGUUGCCGGAAUGAUAGGUGCGGCAGAAUUCCUCGGACUGUUCUUUGCGCCCGAGACUCCGAAAUGGCUCGCUGAACACAAUCAGACGAAUAAGGCUCGACGAGUUUUGCAGAGAAUCCGAGGCCCAGAUGCGAAUAUUGAUGACGAGAUCAAAGACUGGAAAAUGGAUUCCCCACAAGGAGAGGAGGAAUCGUUGUUAGCUGCUCCUUCUGGCGAGUCACCUCCUCAGCAGCCCUCGAUCUCUUUCCUGGGCGCAGUGAGACAUCCCAAGUAUCGUCCUGCUGUCAUUGCAGUGAUAGCUGUUAUGGCUGCCCAGCAAUUCACGGGGAUCAACAGCAUAAUGAUGUACAGCGUGAGCAUUCUAGGUGGGCUUUUGCCAACUUCCGCGACCCUAUUAACCGUCGCCGUUUCCGGACUGAAUGUCUUCACAACUCUUGCAUGCGCGCCUUUGGCAGACAAAAUCGGCCGCAAGCCCUGUCUUCUUCUCUCCAUUGCUGGGAUGGGUAUCAGCUCAAUCCUGCUGGCCCUAGGUCUGGAAUUUGGCGUCAAAAUUCUUUCCGCCAUCGCAACACUGACCUUCGUCGCUAGUUUCGCUGUUGGCUUGGGUCCUGUCCCUUUCAUACUGGCCAGCGAGCUUGUUGGACCGGAAGCCGUUGGUGCGACUCAGAGCUGGUCUCUGGCAUCCAACUGGAUCUCGACUUUCGCUGUGGCCCAGUUCUUUCCUUUCGUCGACAAAGCGCUUGGCGAGCAUGGUAGAGCAUAUUGGGUGUUUGCAGGCAUGGCCCUGUUGCUGGGGUCGUUCAUAUGGUGGUGGGUACCCGAGACGAAUCAGAAGGCGAGCGCGGACGAGGUUUGGGGAAGGACAGAAGAUCGGCGUGUCGAUUGA